CCUUUCGUUGGCUUUAGGUUCAACAUGCCCCAUGAUGACAACAAUAAAUGUAAAGAGGAAGGAGUGAAGAGCCCCCAGCAUGUCAUGGCUCCGACAUUGAACUUCUACACCAACCCCUGGAUGUGGUCCAAGUGUAGUCGAAAAUAUAUCACUGAGUUUCUAGACACUGGGUAUGGCGAGUGCUUGCUCAACGAGCCCGAAUCCAGACCCUACCCUCUGCCUCCCCAACUGCCGGGCCUCCUUUACAACGUGAACAAACAGUGUGAACUGAUCUUCGGGCCAGGUUCUCAGGUGUGCCCGUACAUGAUGCAGUGCCGCAGGCUCUGGUGCAACAACGCGGACGGCGCGCACAAGGGCUGCAGGACGCAGCACACGCCCUGGGCCGACGGGACCGAGUGCGAGCCCGGAAAGCACUGCAAGUUUGGGUUUUGUGUUCCCAAAGAGAUGGAUUCCGCCGGGAUGACGGGUCCUUGGGGCGGCUGGAGGCCAUUCGGAACAGCGUCUCGCUCUUGCUCAGGCUGGUCUCGAACUCCUGACCUCAAGCAGUCCUCUCGCCUUGGCCUCCCAGCGCCAAAGAACGGCGGGAAGUACUGCGUGGGGCGCAGGAUGAAGUUCAAGUCCUGCAACACGGAGCCGUGUCUCAAGCAGAAGCGGGAUUUCCGGGAGGAGCAGUGUGCCCACUUUGACGGCAAGCACUUCAACAUCAACGGGCUGCUCCCCAGCGUGCGCUGGGUCCCCAAGUACAGCGGAAUUCUGAUGAAGGACCGCUGCAAGCUGUUCUGCAGGGUGGCGGGCAGCACGGCCUACUACCAGCUCCGGGACAGAGUGGUGGACGGGACCCCCUGCGGCCAGGACACCAACGAUAUCUGUGUCCAGGGGCUCUGCCGGCAAGCCGGAUGCGAUCACGUUUUGAACUCAAAGGCCCGGAGAGAUAAAUGCGGGGUUUGUGGCGGCGAUAAUUCCUCGUGCAAAACGGUGGCGGGAACGUUCAAUACGGUACAUUACGGUUACAACACCGUGGUCCGGAUUCCAGCCGGCGCCACCAACAUAGAUGUCCGGCAGCACAGCUUCUCAGGGAAGUCGGAAGACGACAACUACCUAGCUUUAUCCAGCAGUAAGGGCGAAUUCCUGCUCAACGGAGACUUCGUGGUCACCAUGUCCAAGAGGGAAAUCCGCGUGGGCAACGCCGUGAUCGAGUACAGCGGCUCGGACAACGUGGUGGAGAGAAUCAACUCGACGGACCGGAUCGAGCAGGAGCUCCUGCUGCAGGUGCUGUCGGUGGGGAAGUUGUACAACCCCGACGUGCGCUAUUCCUUCAACAUUCCCAUCGAAGACAGACCUCAGCAGUUUUUCUGGAACAGCCAGGGGCCCUGGCAAGCGUGCAGCAGGCCCUGCCAAGGGGAACGGAGACGAAAACCAGUUUGCACCAGGGAGUCCGACCAGCUUACCGUGUCCGAUCAGAGAUGCGACCGGCUGCCCCAGCCAGCGCCCGUCACGGAGCCCUGCGGCACAGACUGUGACUUGAGGUGGCACGUGGCCGGCAGGAGCGAGUGUAGCGCCCAGUGUGGCUUGGGCUACCGCACGCUGGACAUCUACUGCGCCAAGUACAGCAGGCUGGAUGGGAAGACCGAGAAGGUGGACGACAGCUUCUGCAGCGGUGACCCCAGACCAAGCAACCGGGAAAAAUGCUCCGGAGAAUGUAACACCGGCGGUUGGCGCUAUUCUGCUUGGACCGAAUGUUCUAAGAGCUGCGAGGGCGGGACCCAGAGGAGACGGGCCAUCUGCGUCAACGCCCGCAACGACGUGCUGGACGACAGCAAGUGCUCGCACCAGGAGAAAGUCACGGCUCAGAGGUGCAACGAGUUCCCGUGUCCCCAGUGGAAAUCCGGAGACUGGUCAGAGUGCCUGGUCACCUGUGGCAAGGGGCACGCCCACCGCCAGGUGUGGUGCCAGCUUGGCGAAGAUCGGCUGCACGACAAGAUGUGUGACCCCGAGGCCAAGCCGGCCCCCACGCAGCCGUGCCAGCAGCCGGAGUGUGCGUCCUGGCAGACGGGCCCCUGGGGACAGUGUAGUGUCACCUGUGGACAGGGGUACCAGCUAAGGGCAGUGAAGUGCAUCCUUGGGGUGUACAUGUCGGUAGUGGACGAUAAUGACUGCAACGCAGCCACUAGACCCACUGACACCCAGGUGAGUCAAAUUCCGUCUUGCAACCUCGCCCCGGUCCGUCCGGAAGCAAGGAACGCAUCGCACAAUGCGCCAAGAACCCAGUGGCGAUUUGGGUCUUGGACCCCGCACGGCUCUGUCCCCCCCCCGUGCUCCAGCCCUGCGCCAAAGCGCCGAAUCGCGAUCACGUCAGCCUGCCGGGACGAGGACGGCUCGGUGGCCGCCGAGAGCGCUUGUGCCACGCUGCCCAGGCCGGUGGCAAAGGAGGAAGUGCUCGUGGCCUGCGGCAGAUGAAGUGCCUUGGACUGGAGCUCUUGCUCUGUGACGUGCGGGCAGGGCAGGGCCACCCGGCAGGUGGUCUGCGUGAACUACGGCGACCGCGUAAUCGACCGGAGCGAGUGUGACCCGGACGACAUGCCGGACACCGAGCAGGACUGCGCCAUGUCCCCGUGUCCGCAGCGGGCCCCCAACGGCCGCUCGACUCAGCACCCCUCCCAAAACGCGGACUAUCGCCCCCGGAGCCCCAACCCCAGCCGCACCCACGUGCUCGGGGGCAACCAGUGGAGAACGGGCCCCUGGGGAGCAUGUUCCAGCACCUGUGCCGGCGGGUCCCAGCGGCGGGUCGUCGUGUGCCAGGACGAGAACGGGUACGCCGCCCACGACUGCGUGGAGAGGAUCAAGCCGGACGAGCAGAGAGCCUGUGAAUCCGGCCCGUGUCCUCAGUGGGCCUACGGCAGCUGGGGCGAGUGCAGCCAGCCGUGCGGCGGAGGGGUGCGGACCAGGCUGGUGGCCUGCCACCGGGCCAACGGGGAGCGGUUCCCGGACCUGAGCUGCGAGAUCCUGGACAAGCCGCCCGACCGGGAGCAGUGCAACACGCACGCCUGUCCCCGGGACGCCGCGUGGAGUGCCGGCCCCUGGAACCCGUGCUCUGUGUCUUGCGGCCGGGGCCAUAAGCAAAGAAACGUUCACUGCCUGGCGAAAGACGGAAGCCGUUUGGAAAUUGAUCACUGCAAACACCUUCCUAAGCCACCUGGGCACAGGAGGUGCCGAGGAGGAAGAUGCCCCAAGUGGAAGGCUGGCGCCUGGUCUCCCCAGUGCUCCGUGUCCUGCGGCCAAGGCGUGCAGCGGCGGCAGGUGGGCUGCCAGACCGGGACGCACAAAGUCGCCAGGGAGACCCAGUGCAGCCCCCACGCCAGACCGGAGUCGGAGCGCGCCUGCCAGGGGCCACCCUGUCCCCUCUACGCCUGGAAGGCAGAGGAAUGGCAAGAAUGCUCCAAGACCUGCGGCGAGGGCUCCCGGCUGCGCCAGGUGGCGUGCGUGGACCAGGACGAGGGUGAGGUGCACGGCUCCCACUGCGACCCGGCCACGCGGCCCCCCGAGCGCGAGCGCUGUGGCUCCCAACCCUGCGAGUUCGUCUGGAUCACAGGAGAAUGGUCGGAGUGCUCGGUGACCUGCGGGGAGGGCUACAAGCAAAGGCUGGUGUCCUGCAGCGAGAUCUACACCGGGAAGGAGAACUACGAGUACGGCCACCAGACGGCCACCAACUGCCCCGGCUCGCAGCCCCCCAGCGUCCAGCGCUGCUACCUGAGGGGCUGUCCCGUCUCGGCCACCUGGAGGGUCGGCAACUGGGGCAGCUGCUCGGUGUCUUGUGGCGUUGGAGUGAUGCAGAGGUCUGUCCAGUGUUUGACCAACGAGGACCAGCCCAGCCACUUAUGCCCCGAGGAUUUGAAGCCAGAAGAACGAAAAACCUGCCAUAACGUUUACAACUGCGAGUUACCCCAGAACUGCAAGGAGGUCAAGAGGCUCAAAAGUACCAGCGAAGACGGUGAAUAUUUCCUGGUCGUCAGAGGAAAGCUCCUAAAGAUCUUCUGCGCGGGGAUGCACUCCGACCGCCCCAAAGAGUACGUGACCCUGGUUCACGGCGACUCGGAGAAUUUCUCCGAGGUGUACGGGCACAGGUUGCACAACCCCACAGAGUGUCCCUACAACGGGAGCCGGCGGGAAGACUGCCAGUGUCGCAAGGACUACACCGCAGCUGGGUUUUCCAGCUUCCAGAAAAUCAGAAUAGACCUGAGCAGCAUGCAGAUCAUAACGACGAGCGAGGACCGGUCUUUUGCCACUGCCGGAGACUGCUACAGCGCCGCCAAGUGUCCCCAGGGUCGUUUUAGCAUCAACCUCUACGGAACAGGCCUGUCUUUAACGGAAUCUGCUAGAUGGAUCUCACAAGGGAACUACGCAGUCUCAGACAUCAAGAAGUCGCCGGACGGGACCCGGGUCGUAGGGAAAGUGGGCGGUACUGGCGGAAGGUGCACUCCCGUCCUCGCGCGGACCGGCCUGGGGGUGCGAGUUUUAUAGCCAAGGUGCUCUGAAGAGGAAGCCAUUAUGGGAUGAAUGAAGGAUAGUGAUCCAAUACCUCCACCUUAAAGUUGGGUGUGUGUGCACAUGCACACGCGUGUGUGUGUGUGUGUUUGUGUGUGUGUGUGGCUUUGUAUGCCUGUGUGCGUGU